GGCCCGGCCGAUUGGCUCGCGUCAGGGCGCUCGCUCCCGGCGCGCGUCCACCUGCGACCCGGCCCUGGGGUGCGGACCCGGCCCCGCCGCCGCCGCCGCGCCCUCUCUCCCUCCCUCCGUCCGGUGGGGCGGUGAUGGCGUCAUCAGAAGCGGACGCUGCGCUCUCGCGUCCCGCUCUGGCUUCUUGACGUGCCUGCCCCGACGCCGUAGCCUCCCGGGCUAGGGAGCUUUGAGGCGUCCGGAUCUGUGCUCUGGGCGCAAACUUUUCUUGUUUUCUUUCUUUUUUGUUUGACACGCGCUCUCUCCCUCCGUGCGCAGCCCUGGCUGUGCUGGCACUCCCUCUGUAGCCCAGGCUGGCCUCGAACUCGCAGAGAUCCGCCCGCCUCUGCCUCCCGAGCGCUGGGAUCCAAGGCAGCGCGUCUGCCCGGGCUCUUCAGCCCUGGCGUCCUCACCUCCCCGCGCGUGGGAGGCCGGGGAGAGCGGGGACCCCAUGGAGCCCCGAGGGACCAAGAGGACAGCGGAGAAGGCAGACGGGGUGGCGCAGCCUUGGAGCAAACGCCCGCGCCCGGGGUCCUCGCUGCGCACGGAGCCCGCGCUGUACUCGGGGCCGUUCCCCUUCUACCGGCGCCCCUCCGAGCUGGGCUGCUUCUCCCUGGACGCACGGCGCCAGUACCACGGGGACGCCCGCGCCCUCCGCUACUACAGCCCACCCCCCGCCAACGGCCCCGGCCCCGGCUUUGACCUCAGGGAUGGGUACCCCGACAGGUACCAGCCCCGGGACGAGGACGUCAGGGAGAGGCUGGACCACUUGCUGCGCUGGGUUCUGGAACACCGACGCCAGCUGGAGGGGGGUCCGGGCUGGCUGGCUGGGGCCACCGUGACGUGGCGAGGACACCUGACGAAACUGCUGACCACGCCGUACGAGCGCCAGGAGGGCUGGCAGCUGGCAGCCUCGCGGUUCCAAGGGACGCUGUACCUCAGUGAGGUGGAGACCCCGGCCGCCCGGGCGCAGAGGCUCGCUCGGCCGCCCCUCCUCCGGGAGCUCAUGUACAUGGGCUACAAGUUUGAGCAGUACAUGUGUGCAGACAAACCUGGAGGCGCCCCGGACCCCUCCGGGGUGGUCAACACCAACGUGGCCUUCUGCUCCGUGCUCCGCAGCCGCCUGGGGAGCCACCCUCUGCUCUUCUCCGGCGAGGUGGACUGCAUAAACCCCCAGGCCCGGUCCGCGCAGCCCCCCGCCUGCUACGUGGAGCUCAAGACCUCCAAGGAGAUGCACAGCCCCGGCCAGUGGAGGAGCUUUUACAGACACAAGCUCCUGAAAUGGUGGGCUCAGUCCUUCCUCCCAGGGGUCCCACAUGUCGUGGCCGGCUUCCGGAACCCAGAAGGUGUCGUCUGUUCCUUAAAGACCUUUCCUACCAUGGAGAUGUUUGAGAACGUGAGGAAUGACCGGGACGGCUGGAAUCCCUCUGUGUGCAUGAACUUCUGUGAUGCCUUCCUAAGCUUCGCCCAGAGCACAGUGGUCCAGGAUGACCCCAGGCUUGUCCACCUCUUCUCCUGGGAACCUGGUGGCCCAGUCACCGUGUCUGUCCAUCGGGAUGCACCCUAUGCCUUUCUGCCCACGUGGUACGUGGACGCUAUGACUCAAGACCUCCCACCACUCGCAGCGCCGCCCUCCCCCACGGACUGACGCUUUGGGGACACGCUGGUCCCGUCUCUGUGCAGACAAUAAACGCGUGUUUCUAAGCA